GGACUACAAGUCCCAGCGCGCACCACGCAGGGCCGUGUCUGGGCUGGGCUUGCGGCAUGGAGGCGCUGGGGCAGCGGCAUCGCUCUCUCUACAAGGGGGCCGCAGCCCCGCCCUGGAAGGAGACCUACCGCCGGCGCUGUGUGGAGAGACUUAAAAACAGUCGUGCCAAGCUGCUGGAUCGAUACCGCCAGGCUGGGGAGAAAGUGCAUUGCAAUGCGAGGGCUGCUCUUCUCGUGCAGGAGGUGAUGGAGGAGGAGUGGCAGGCCUUGCAGUCAGUGAAUGUGAGCCUGCCCUCCCUCAGGAGAAAGGAGGUGCUGUCACAGGUGUUGGAGGACCCUGAUGAACUAGCAGUACUGGAGGAAAUCCAACAAGAGUUGAUCUCACAAGAACAGUUGACAAUAGAAGAAUAUGAACGGAGUCUGCAGUUCGACCAGGAGUGCCUCAAUGCAAUGCUUGACAGCUUGGACGCAGGCAACAAGAUUAUCUGUCCAGUGUGUAAAAGGAAUAACCUGACUGUGAUGAGUCAUUUGGUUUUAUGCCAGUGUGGAUUAUACAUCAGCACACAGGGCAUGACAGAACAGAAGCUCCGUUCACUUCUAGAAGACAGUGUAACAGAACAUGGUCAUCAGUGUCUUCACAAUCCUGAGUUCUCCAUCACUAGUGGAAUGGAGGGAGAAGCCAAUCUUCUCAUGAGCUGUCCGGUCUGUGACUCUUGGACAGUUCUCAUAUAACUACAACCCUGCUGGGUUUUCUCCAUGGAAAGAAUACACUAGUAAGAUCCUUCUUUCAGCCUCUAAGCAACUUGGAUGGCAUCCUGCACAUCUUUUCUUUUUAUAUUUAACUGUAUAUAAUGUUUUUGUACUUUAAUACUGGAUAUCAAGCAAUAUUGGCUUAAUCUGCACUUUUGAUAGCUAAAUAAAUUAUUUGAAAUG